CCAAGGGCGUGUCGCAGGCGCCUGCAAUCCAUUCCGCCCUCUCACUGCGUGCACUUGCUCCGACCAGAUUCGACUUGAGGAUCAAUGCAGGACCAGGCAGCCCCGCCCACCCCAAGCGAAAUCGCCGCCGCCAUCGAGCGCCGCGUCCAGGCCGAACGCGAGGCCGCGCAGGCGAACGCGGCCCUCCGAGCACAGCGCGAGUUUGAGGAGACCCGCGACACACGGCAGGAGUUCAGACGGCUCAUCGACCCUGGCAUCCUUCGUCCAAACGCGCGCGAGCUCGCGCUCGAGUCUCUGAUAACGCUCAAGACGUUGGCGGAGAACAUUGUGGCGCAUCCGGGCGAGGACAAGUACAAGAAGUUCAAGCCGACGAACUCGAAGAUCAAGCGAGUGCUCGUCGACCCGAAAGGGACGUUGGAGUACGCUGUAGCGAUGGGCUUCAGACCAGAGGUCGUAGACUUCCAGCCAUACUACAUCUGGGACGACCGUCACAAGCUCGACCUCGAGAUCGGGCUCGCCAUCAUCCAUGAGACCCUCGAGCGCGAGCUCGUCAAGCAAGAACGAGAAGACCGCACAAAGCGAGAAGCGAAAGAGGCGGAGGCAGCCGCGAAAGAGAAACUCAAGCGCCAGUUCAUCGACGACCGCAAGUCCACCGCCCUACGUGGAGAGCGCGAGCGAGAGGUGCGCGAGGCGCGCGCAGCAGCAGCAGCACGGCGCGCCGCCUCGCAGUCAUCCGAUGCACCCUCGCAGCCAAGCAGCCCCGCGCCCCAGUCCCCUCCUUCCCGGAGGACUCGCAUGUCAGCGACACGGAUACGCCCAAUGUCGGGGACGGGCAGGACACUUGACGGACGGGUCGUCACGGAGGCAGAUGAGGCGGAGGGGGCGGUACCUCCGCCGUACCAUCCGCAAGGGGAUCUCAUAGAACUUGAUGAGGACAGUGAGGGAGAGGACUGAUGUGCGAAGACAGUGAGGUGCGGUGAGGAUGUGGACUUGUCGUGUUGGUUGAUCAGAAUCUGCUCUCUUGUAAAGAUUACUGCUACUACUACCAGUCAUCGUGUAGACUAUGCAAGCGUUUCAGCUUUGU